UUUUUGUUUUUGUUUUGAACCUAAACAAACCUAACUCAGUCCAGCCACCACGCUGCCGAACCCAACACCACCGCGAAUCAACCCCUCCGAUCACCACCCUACUCUCCUCCCAAAAUCCCGUCGCAGGAAUGUGCUUUACCCAUUAACUUUUCUUUUUCAAAUUUGUUUUUCACAGAGAAAUAGUGAAAUGGCGAAGGAAUUGUUGAGCCUUGACAAUGGAACAACUUGCUCAUCAUGGAACUACUCUGGCACGAGACUCGCUUCUGGUUCCACGGAUGGCACGCUUUCAAUCUUCGAUUUCCGUGAUCCAGCUUCUUCUUCUAACAAUCUCCGCUCUACUUUCAAAACUAAGGUUCAUGAAGGAAACAUUGUGAAGAUAGUUUGGGUUCCGCCAGAGUAUGGUGAUGCAGUUGCAUGUGUUUCCGCUGAUGGAAUUGUUUCAUUGUUGGAAGAGAUUGUGGAAGAUUCACAGCCUCUUCAGUGGAAGAUUCGUAAAACCUUCGGAAGCAGUGAGAGCAAAGUCCUUGACGUACAAUUUGGAAUCUCUUUUACUCGUUUGAAAAUGGUUGCUGCAUAUUCAGAUGGUUAUGUGAGAGUUUUCGAGCUCUUGGAUCCCUUGGAACUCACGAAUUGGCAGCUUCAGGCUGAAUUUCAAAAUGUUGUUGAAUCGGUGUCUUCAUUUGGAAAGGCUCUGUGCCUCUCUGCGUCCAUAUCUUUGAAUCCACAAAAGAGUAGCGAGGAAUUUAGCUUCCUUGUAAGUUUUAAUUCGGAUACACCAGAGCUCAAUUCUUCCAAGGUUUGGGAGUUUGACCAGGCUCAUCGAAGAUGGCUUCCUGUGGCAGAAUUAGCACUGCCGGAGGACAAGGGUGAUCGGGUUUAUGCUGUCGCAUGGGCACCAAAUAUUGGCAGACUGUACGAGGUCAUCGCUGUCGCAACUCACAAGGGACUUGCAAUAUGGCAUCUAGGAUUGAAUCCUGAUCAUAACGGGAGACUUUCGGUAGAUAAAGUUGCAUUGUUGUCUGGUCACGAAGGCGUGGUGUGGCAAAUGGAGUGGGAUAUGAGUGGAAUGACAUUGGCUUCUACAGGCGACGAUGGAAUGGUCCGAUUAUGGCAGUCUAAUCUCAACGGCAUUUGGCAUCAACAAGCUGCAUUCGAACCUACUUCUUAGCCACCUACUCCUGUUACAUGCAGCCGUCAUAUGUUGUAAGUAGUAAAAGCUGGCAUCGAUCUUCCCCACACCGGUAUUAAUUAUUGAAUAGUAGGACGGCUUGUAUUUUGUUGUAGGUUAGAUAAACAACAUUCUCCUGUUACAUGAAAGAUAUGAUGAUAACUUUUCAUUGUCCGUGAUUGGCAACAAUCGCAAUCCCUUGCAGUUCAAUCAAAUCACACUUUCUCUUUUCAAA